AUGGAGGGAAAACUACAACAUCUGAUACCUGUCAUAUCAGCAUACAAUAAGACUAAUAUCCAUCCAUCUACUUUCAUUCUCAUUGGCAUCCCUGGGCUGGAGUUUGCCCACAUCUGGAUCUCCAUCCCUUUUUGUGUGGUCUACCUUUUGGCACUUCUGGGAAACGGCUCUCUUCUGUUUAUCAUCAAGACAGAUCCAAGCCUCCAUGAGCCAAUGUAUCUCUUCCUCUGCAUGCUGGCUGUGGCUGAUCUUAUUGUGUGUACUACAGCUGUGCCCAAACUCCUCAGUAUCUUCUGGUUCCAUGAUAGAGAGAUUCCUUUUGAAGCCUGCCUCACUCAAGUGUUCCUGAUUCACUCUUGCUCCACAAUGGAGUCAGGCUUCUUCCUGGCCAUGGCUUUUGAUCGUUGUGUAGCUAUUUGUAAUCCAUUAAGACACUCAGCUAUUUUGACACGAAUUGUAAUUGGGAAGAUGGGCCUAGCUAUUGUGCUCAGGGGCACUGCACUUCUGAGUCCUCAUCCCUUCUUGCUACGUUGGCUUCCUUACUGCAGAACCAAUAUAAUUGCCCACACUUACUGUGAAUUCAUGGCCCUCAUCAAGAUUGCCUGUGCUGAGACAAGAAUCCGCAGAGCAUACAGCCUCAUUGUUGCCUUCCUUACUGGGGCAGUGGACUUCAUGUUGAUCGUUUGUUCUUAUAUCCUCAUACUCCACACAGUUUUCCACCUCCCAUCCAAGGAUGCCCGACUCAAAUCCUUGGGCACUUGUGGCUCCCAUGUCUGUGUCAUCUUGGUGUUCUAUACUCCAGCCUUCUUCUCUUUUCUCACCCACAUAUUUGGGCAGCGUGUAGCUCCUCAUGUCCAUAUAUUUAUAGCCAACAUUUAUCUUCUUGUUCCACCUUUGGUAAACCCCAUUAUCUAUGGGGUGAGGACCAAGAGGAUACGGGACAGGUUCCUUAAAUUUUUCAGGUUUUCAAAGCCACUGAAUUGA